GGACCACAGACUGAGAGCAGAGUCUCCAGGGUCCAGCUGUCUGUCUCUGAAGAGUGACAUGUCCAUGAAUCAGCCUCUACUCUUCAGUAAUGAACCUGGACCCUCACACACAGAGGAGAGGAAGAGGAGUCAUGUUUCUGAGGAGGAGCAGUCGUCCUGCUGUGCUUCGUGUCAGGACGUCCUGAAGGAUCCAGUCUCCACCAGCUGUGGACACUGGUUCUGCAGACAGUGCAUCACCUCAUACUGGGACCAGUCUGGUUCUUCAGGAGACUCCUCCUGUCCCCAGUGUGGACAAAGAUCCAGAACAGGAGCUGGAGAUCGUGGUCUGCAGGAGGUUUUAGAUGAACAUCAGCUCAGUCUGAGGAAGAGAUGUGAACAUGUGACUGAAGGAAGUGAUGAAACAGGAAGUAGAACCCUCCUCAACAGGAUCUACACUGAGCUCUACAUCACAGAGGGACAGAGUGAAGAGGUUAAUACUCAACAUGAGGUGAGGCAGCUUGAGACGGCUUCCAAGAAGAAGAUCCUCCACGACACUCCCAUCAGGUGCCACGACAUCUUUAAAGCCUCCACUGACCAGCAGAGACGCAUCAGAGUCGUCCUGACCAACGGCGUCGCUGGCGUUGGAAAAACCUUCUCGGUGCAGAAGUUCACUCUGGACUGGGCAGAGGGUUUAGAAAACAAGGAUGUGGGUCUGCUGACUGUGCUUUCGUUCAGGGAGCUGAACCUGGUGAAGGACCAGCAGCACAGUCUCCUCACGCUGCUCCGUGUUUUCCAUCCAGCGUUACAGAAGCUCACGGCAGAGACGCUCGCUGUCUGUAAACCUUUGUUCAUCUUUGACGGCCUGGAUGAAAGCAGACCUUCUCUGGACUUCAACCACAGGAAGCUUGUGUCUGAGGUCACACAGAGGUCAUCAGUCAACGUGCUGCUGACAAACCUCAUCCGGGGGAAUCUGCUUCCCUCGGCUCUCGUCUGGAUAACCUCCAGACCUGCGGCGGCCAAUCAGAUCCCUCCUGCAUGUGUUGACAGGGUCACAGAAGUACGAGGCUUCAGUGACACCCAGAAGGAGGAUUACUUCAGGAGGAGAUUCAGUGAUGAAGAGCUGAGCAGCAGAAUCAUCUCACACAUCAAGACGUCCAGGAGCCUCCACAUCAUGUGUCAAAUCCCAGUCUUCUGCUGGAUCAGUGCUACAGUUCUGGAGCACAUGUUGACCACAGACCAGAGAGGAGAGCUGCCCAAGACCCUGACUGACCUGUACUCACACUUCCUGCUGGUUCAGACAAAGAGGAAGAACAACAAGUACGGUGAGGGACAUGAGACGAGUCCACAGCAGCUGACGGAGGCUGACAGGGACGUUCUCCUGAAGCUGGGGAGGCUGGCACUUAAACAUCUGGAGGAAGGAAACAUCAUGUUCUACCAAGAAGACCUGGAGCAGUGUGGUCUUAAUGUCACAGAGGCCUCGGUGUACUCAGGAGUUUGUACUGAGAUCUUCAGCAGAGAGUGUGUGAUCUUCCAGAAAUCAGUCUACUGCUUUGUUCAUCUGAGCGUUCAGGAGUUUCUGGCUGCAGUCUACAUGUUCCACUGUUACACCGAGAGGAACACAGAAGAACUCAAGAACUUCUUGGGAACAUAUGGGGACACAGACAGUAGAUUCUCCCUGGAUGACCUCCUGAAGAGAACCAUGGAGAAAUCCCUCACCAGUACAAAUGGUCAUCUGGACCUGUUUGUUCGCUUCCUUCACGGCCUCAGUCUGGAGUCCAACCAAAGAGUCUUAGGAGACCUGCUGGGUCGGAGAGAGAACAAUCCAGAGAUCAUCCAGAGAGUCAUCAACAACCUGAAGAAGAUGAAGAGUGAUUACAUUUCUCCUGACAGAAGCAUCAACAUCUUCCACUGUCUGACUGAGAUGAACGACCACUCAGUUCAUCAGCAGAUGAAACAGUUCCUGACGUCAGAGAACAGAUCAAAGGAGAAACUCUCUGAGAUCCACUGCUCAGCUCUGGCCUACAUGCUGCAGAUGUCAGAGGAGGUUCUGGAUGAGUUGGACCUGAAGAAGUUCAACACAUCAGACCAGGGUCGACUGAGACUGAUCCCAGCUGUGAGGAACUGCAGGAAGGCUCUUCUGAAUGAAGCUUGAACCAAAUCUGAAAGGAUUCUCUUGAGGAGUUUUUAACAAAGAGGGGAUUUACCAGGGUGAGGGUCACAUGAUCACGUUUUGUAUGAAUGUUGUGUUUUCUGAUUUAAU